AUGGAUGCGUUAACACAUCAUAUUCAAGGGGAGGUGCCAUGGUGUAUGCUAUUCGCUGAUGGCAUAGUUCUGAUUGAUAAGUCCCGAGUCGGUGUUAACGAGAGGUUGGAGAUUUGGAGACAAGCUCUUGAGUCUAAGGAUUUCAAACUGAGCAGGACGAAGAUGGAAUACCUAGAGUGUAAGUUUAGCGCUGAGCCGAGGGAAGCGGGCAUGGAUGUGAGGCUUGAAUCACAGGUCAUCCCAAGUAGAGGCAAUUUCAAGUACCUCGGGUCUGUUAUCCAGGGGGGAAGAUUGACGAAGAUGUCACACACUGUAUUGGGGUGGGAUGGAUGGAGUGGAGGUUAG